GCAGCCCAGAACAGAAAGGGGUCAAUGGGACAUGUAGAGGGAGGGGGGCUGGUCACACAUUGUGGGGAAGGGACUGGUGAGAAGAACGGAGAGGCUUGUGGGAGGAACUUGGGAUGACUUUUAACUCCACAGAAGGGUUACUUGACUCCUGCAUUGGAAUUCUUUUCUUUAGAUGAAGUAGGUAAAGCUCAGACCCGUGAACCUCAUCUUCCCAUAGGGCAGUGAGACUGAGAAGAUCUCUGGCUGUGACGGGUGACUCUGCUUUCACGCCGAGGAUCAAGAGUAGAAGGAGAAACCUCUAGAUGACAGACUUUUGUCCGUCCGUAUCCGUAUCCUCUGGUCUCCCACCUGCACCUUCUGCUGUCUCGAAUCCCCAGGCAGGAUAUAAAUUCUGUGCUUUCUUUGUGCUUGUUAAUUUCUACUACAUCCUUGUCCUCAGCACAGGAUUCGGGCAUCAACAUGAAUUGUAUCCCAUUAACCUUGCUGAUGGUGACUGGUGUUGUUUCAUAUGUUGGUGAAGACAUGGAAGGGUUAAAUCAUCUUCACUACCUAUUUUACCUGAAUUCCAAUUAUCAGUCCUGUGUGGGGACUUUGAUUGCCCCUCAGUGGGUAUUGACAGCGGCACACUGCUUCUUACCAGAUCUUCAGAUCAUCUUUUAUGGCAGUUCCACAAAUAUUCAAGACUUUACUGGGGAGUUUGUACCUUAUGACAGGAUCAUUAUUCACCCAAAUUUUACCGUUACCUCUCCGAAAGAUGACCUCAUGCUGAUAAAGCUACCGCUACCUUUUACCUUCUCCACCGUGAUUUUUCAGUUGCCUACUCUCAAGAAUGCAAUUAAAGAUUGUUUGAUUCACACUUGGUUAGACAACAAAUACUUUAUUGGAAAUUCAAAGCAUAAGCUGCUGCAAAGAGUCAAGAUUCAACUGAGCUCUAAUAUAAACUGCAAAAAAUUACUGGGUGAAAAACUCCUUGAAAACAUGUUCUGCAUAGGACCCAUGCUAGGAACCCAAGAGCCCUGCCAGGUGGUCACAGCAGCACCAGCCAUCUGUGGCGGUGAAUUACAAGGAAUUUUAUCUUGGGAAACUGGAUGUAUUCUAACAGGAUAUGCUGUUGUCUUCACUGACCUACAUAACUACGUUCCAUGGAUCAAGAACGUUAUGUCUACAAAAUAAGCUGAUAUAGAGCUUCACUGACACCCUUACCUCCCAGCUGAUCCACAGCAACCACAUUCUGUAUCUCAGUCCCAGUCUCUCCUAGGGUCUAGGCUUGAUUGGAGUUCCAAAAGAGAUCGUUGAUGACUCUUGGGUGUUGGCAUGACUCUAAUCUCUUUAACUGCUUCUUUGCUUAUUCCUAACUCAUGACUAAAUGUUUAUAACAUGGAAAACCUGAGUGCUGGUCUCAGGAAGUGGAAUUCCCCCAGGAAUCUUUUUGGAUUCUACCAACUCAGAUAUUUCCAUUAAAAUACUCUCUGCCUUAUCUUAAGAACACAAAAAACAAGUGGAAUGAGGGAUAAUAGCUACCAGGAGUCUAUUUGGGCAAAGUGUAACCAUAUAGCUGAGCAAUAAUUUGCCAAAAGUUGGUCAGAUAAUUAGCAAUUUUUCUAAUGACAAGUGUCUCCUGUAUAAGUGUGUGUGUGUGUUUGUGUGUGUGUGUAUAGGUGGUUGUAGUUAGUUCCCAUUAGUUACUUAAAGGAUCUAUAGAAUUGCUUAGGUUUACUGAGACCACCCAAAGGUCAUUGUAAUAUUUGGGCUAAAUAAGGAUUUCUGUAUUUUGAACAAAAGCUGCAAUGCA